GUUAAAAGAAAGUCACGGAACAUUUCAUGUCACCAUAGAAAAUGUUGGCGUUCGUUUUUACCAAAAUUUGUACGCGUUUCCAACGACAUUAUAAUGCAACAAAUAAUUAUCGAUUAUUUUCGAUAAGUCCGAUUUUUCUUGACGAAAAGAAACAAACGAAAAUGGAAGCGAAACAAAAGGAAAUGAUGGCGCGCGGCCUCCCAAAACAGAAACCUUUGAAAGGUGUUAAACAAAUUGUUAUUGUAGCAUCGGGAAAAGGCGGAGUUGGUAAAUCUACAGUUGCUGUAAAUUUAUCAACCGCCUUGAAAGUUCUUGAACCCAAAAAAUCUGUCGGCUUACUUGAUGCUGAUGUGUUUGGACCAUCAAUACCCCUGAUGAUGAACUUAAAACAGUCCCCUGUAGUUAACGAUGCAAAUGUUAUAGAACCACUUAUAAAUUAUGGCGUGAAGUGCAUGUCUAUGGGUUUUCUAAUCAAUGAUAAAUCUCCAGUAAUUUGGAGAGGAUUAAUGGUAAUGAGUGCACUUGAGAAAUUAUUACGUCAAGUAGCAUGGAAUCCUUUGGAUUAUCUAAUCAUAGAUACUCCACCUGGAACAGGAGACACACAUCUUUCCAUCAUACAAAAUCUACCAGUUACUGGUGCAUUAUUAGUAACUACACCUCAAAAAGCAGCUUUGGAGGUAACAACAAGAGGAGCAAACAUGUUUAAACGUUUGAACAUUCCUAUUGUUGGAAUUGUAGAAAAUAUGAGCAACGUUAUAUGCCCCAAGUGUAACAAUAAAAUAACUCUUUAUGGUGAUGGGACAGAAACUAUUGCUAAAGAACUUGAUUCGUGUACUGAAAUGAUCGGUAACAACCCCUCCAGCGUUCAUUCUGAUGCAAAUGCCGAUGUUUAUGACAUUCCAAUGAAGGUACUGAUUAGACCUAUUCCUCCAAUAGUGGACGAAAAGAAAGUUCAAAGUUUAGCAGAUACGUUGAAUAAUCCUGAAACAGAAUCAUUAGUCCCACCAAUCGAUGUUUUGUGGAUCAAAGGAAGCGAAGGUGGUGAUUACUAUUAUUCUUUUGGCGGAUGUCAUCGAUAUGCGGCCCAUCAGAGGCUUGGGAAACCAUAUAUAAAAGCUAAACUGAUACGAUCCACGAUGGCAGAUUUAAAAUCUUAUCUUGGCGGUUCUACGCCAGAUUUAAAAUAACAAUAUUUCUAUAUAGUUUCCAUUUGUAGAAUGUUUUACAAUAUAGAAUAAGAUAUAGGAUAAUUUGUUUAUUAUGAGAUUUACAAUUUAUGAAACUUUCUUUUAAUAUAUUAUAGAUUUCAAUUUUAAAUCUGUAUUACCAGUUUUCGCCUGUGCGUGAAUGUACUUAUUUAUAUAUCAAACGUUUCAAUUUUGAUAUAUGUAAUAAAAAUGUGCAAAGUAAUACUGCUUCAUAUUAGCAGCUUAAUAACUAUUUCUUAUUAUUGAAGAUCUAAAAUCUCUCAAGUAUGUAUGAACAUAUUUGUGACGAUUUAUUUCUGCAAUUGUAUCUAAAUUGUACAUAUUAUGAAUAUGUAUAUGCUUGUGUGCAUUACCGAUACGUUUGCAUGUGCGAAUGUGAACCUUACGUUUUGUAUUUUGUGAGAAAUAAAAACGUUUAAAUGCUAAA